GCAGCACGAAAGUCCGGACCGGUGGUGGGAUUAAAACCGAACCGUAAUAUUAAAACUAUUGCACUGGGUUAUUUAUUAUUUUUAUUUUUUUUGCCCUGCGUAUCGGCCGUAUCCAAGAAGCAUAACGGUGACGCGGUUUUUCCCCGGGGGUCGGGUAGAGUUUGCGAGUAAUAUCGAUCUGUGCCUCACCGCCCCCUCUCUCACACACACUAACCGGCUAUACUAGUCAAUAUCCUAAGAGGCUGCUUUGCAUGCAACCUCGGCAGCGGAAGACCAUCUCACGACCAUUCAUUUUCAACCUCGAGUCUUCGAGCGAUUUAAACCGAGCUGACAAGGCGAAGGACGAGGGCUGCUCGGCGGUCGCAACAUCUUUGGAGCCAUAUCAAACACACCCGAGUCGGACACCAUUAGGUCCUCGGCCGCGCGUGUGGUCUUGUUUGGAUUUAGCAUCGGAUUUCUCCCGCACCCUGAGCUCCGUCACUCGCCAUGCCCGGCCCAGUGGCCGGUAGUAAAUCUCGGGUUUAUGCCGAUGUCAACACAUUGAAGAGCAGGGAAUACUGGGACUAUGAAGCCCAUGUGCCCACCUGGAGCAACCAAGAGGAUUACCAGCUGGUGCGGAAGCUCGGAAGAGGAAAAUACAGCGAGGUUUUUGAAGCCAUCAGCGUCAACAGCAAUGAGAAGGUUGUGGUCAAAAUCCUCAAGCCUGUCAAGAAGAAAAAGAUAAAGAGAGAAAUCAAAAUUUUGGAGAACCUACGAGGAGGAACCAACAUCAUUCAGCUAAUGGACACAGUAAAGGAUCCCGUGUCUCGAACACCUGCGCUUGUCUUUGAAUGCAUCAAUAACACAGAUUUUAAGGAGCUGUAUCAAAAGUUAACAGAUUAUGAUAUACGUUUUUACAUGUAUGAACUACUAAAGGCUCUGGACUACUGCCACAGUAUGGGCAUCAUGCACCGUGAUGUCAAACCUCACAAUGUCAUGAUCGACCACCAGUUAAGAAAGCUGAGGUUGAUAGACUGGGGUCUCGCUGAGUUUUAUCACCCCGCCCAAGAGUACAACGUCAGAGUGGCGUCACGGUAUUUCAAGGGUCCAGAACUGCUUGUGGACUACCAGAUGUAUGAUUACAGUUUGGACAUGUGGAGUCUCGGCUGCAUGCUGGCUAGUAUGAUUUUUCAGAAAGAGCCGUUCUUUCAUGGCCAAGACAACUAUGAUCAGUUGGUGCGGAUCGCCAAAGUUCUCGGAACAGAUGAGCUGUUCGGCUACCUGCGCAAAUACCACAUUGAACUGGAUCCACGAUUCAAAGACUUGCUGGGCCAACAAACACGUAAACGCUGGGAACAGUUUGUGCAGACGGAGAACCAGCAUCUGGUGAGUCCAGAAGCUGUGGACCUUCUUGACAAGCUGCUACGUUAUGACCAUCAGCAAAGACUGACAGCGACUGAAGCUAUGGAGCACCCAUAUUUCUAUCCCGUGGUAAAGGAGCAGUCCCACAGUAAUUCAGAUGGCAAUAUAGUGACAAGUGGAACCAAUACACCCCGAUGAGAGCAGGCAGUGAAAGAAAAAGGAAGAUGUUUGUUACCUCAAUUUUUUAUCCCUCAUGUCUGAAACCUCUUGAAGUGUACAGUGAAAGUUGGAUCUAAGCAGCACCUGUCACCUCUGUAUCUCAGACACACACACACACACACACACACACCCCUUCAUACACCCCCCCACACGUGUUUUAUUAAGGUUCGGUCUGCCCCUCUAAAACAGACCUAGAUGAUGUCAAAGUUGUUCGUCCCAGUUGUAGAUGAAGGGACUAUAUCCUUGACUCCACCCCUGAGUACACUGGCCCCUCCCACUAUAAGCUAGGCAUGGAGAAUGAAGAACAGAAUGAACCCCGCCCCUCUCUCCUCAUUGGUCUGUGUGUCUGUCUGUUCAGUAUUCAGACCUUGGCGCAGCCUCCACAUACUGUAGUUUUAAAGUGGCAUGGUGGACCUUUAUUUCUUUGCUCUAGGUAGAUUGAUUACUAUAUUAAUGAAAUAAAUGAUUUUUAUUUAGAUCUA